UCCGAGGAGGAGCCCGCCGCGCCGCCCCGGCCCCCACGGCACCAGGACCGGGACCGGGACCGGCCGCCGAGCAGGACACAGACUCUGUCUGUAUUUUUCAUAACAGCGUGAAGCUUGAAAUCUUAUCGGAUGCCUGUGCCACCGCCGCCACCACCGCCUCCUCCUCCACCACCUCCACCACCUUCUGGAGGGCCCCCUCCACCACCACCUCUGGCAAGUUCAGAGGUACCAAAGCUGCGGAAGGAAGACCAAAAAGCACGAGAUGCCCUGUUAGCUGAUAUCCAGCAGGGAACACGCUUAAGGAAAGUGACCCAAAUCAAUGACCGCAGUGCACCACAGAUUGAAAAACCCAAAGGAGCUAACAGAGAUGGAGUUAAUCCAGCUGUUAAUAAAGGUGUCUCUCAGCAGCCUCUGGGAGGCUUAUUUGCUGGUGGCUUUCCUGUUCUCAGACCAGCAGGCCAGAGGGAUGUGCCAGCUGGGAGGCCUGGGCAGCUUCCUGGGGUCCGAGCAGCAGCUCCCAAGCCCUCAGCCCCACCGAACGGCAGCACUGUAAAGGCGAGCAGUGACCCAGCUGAAGGCCCAAGACCAGCGGUCCCGCCAGAACCUCCCAGCACCUCCCGAACCGGAGCUGGCCCUGGCCCAAGUCGUCCCAACCUGCCUGCCCCCCCUCCACCACCUCCUGCUUCCAACAAACCUUCCCUCAUUUUUCCUCCUCCUCCCCCUCACCCUCCUCCAGCCGAAUGCCCUCCCAAGGGGGUGUCCCCCAGCGCUCCUCUUCCACCCCCGCUCCCCCCUCCUCAGGUGGACAAGCCCCCCAAGUUUCAAGCAGGGCCUUCACACCCACCCCCGCCACCACCCCCUCCUCCUCCUCCUCCACUGCCCAUCGUGCCCCCCUGUGGGUUUCCAGGCAGGACAAAUGAUUUCUCUCCUGCUGCUGCUGCCGCCGCCUCUCCACCUGAAGGAAGGGACCGUCCACUUCCCACACCACCACCACCACCUCCUCCUCCUCCUCCACCACACACGCAUCCCCUGACCUCCAACAGGCUCUCCUUCCCACCCUCCCCGGCCUUCAGCAGUGCUGACGUGCCCCCCCCACUACCUCCCAAGUCCCCCCACUUGCUGUCACAGCUCCAUAAGCCAAGCAACAUCCAGUCCCUCCCACUUCCUCCCACCCCCGGCCCCCCGCAGCCCACAGCCGUGAUGGAGACCAGGAAGAAGAGACCUGGCCGAGGUGGAGGAACUGGUGCUGGGAAGCUGGUCACACCUCCACAGCCACCAGCAAGAUCACCAACAACUGAACUUACGAGCAAGUCUGGAGUCUCAGCCUGGGCUACAGCUCAUGACAGCUACCCAACACUUAAAAAUGGAAAUAUACACAUCAUUGAUGACUUUGAAUCUAAAUUUACUUUCCACUCUGUGGAAGACUUCCCCCCACCUGAUGAAUUCAAGCCAUUUCAGAAAAUAUAUCCCAGCAAGAUAGCUAGAGAUCCCUCUAAAAUCCCUCCACUAAGAACACAUGUGAGAUGAGAAGAGUCUUCUGACGCUCUCUUGAUCAACAUUAAAAAAGAACACCAUCAAGAUAAUAUAUAAAACAGAACGGGUCCCCAUUACAGUGAUAAAGAUUGUAUUUGAAUUGCAAGUGCUGCAAUGUUAACAUUUCUAUAAAUUAGAAAAGUAAUGUAAAUAAUACUUUUUAAGUGGCCUAUAUACUACAGGGAUGCCAGUACAGGCUUUUAAGUUAUUGUAGGUAGGUGGAUUUUUUUAAGCAAAGUAGCAUAAAAUUUAAAUUCUAGUGUUGAAAAAAAUUCUCAUUCUUAUCAUGCUGACAUAUGUUACCUCAGAAUACUUAUUGCAUUACAUGCCUGUAGUUCAUUUUUGCCCUUCCAUUAUAAUUUUUAAGUAUUUUGGAAAUUCUUUGGUUAUUAUACCAACAUUUUUCAAUUAACUAUUUGAAGAUAUUAUGCAGCCUUUAGUCUCGUUGUAUGUUUCUUCAUGUCUUCUAUUUCACCUAUCAUCAGAUUGCAGCAGAAUGUCACUUUCAUGAACAGAUGGGCCCACGAUCCUUUUCUCAUCAAGCGUGAAGAGGAAAGACACAAGGAGCUGUGGCUGCUAUUGAGCCCACCUCCUAUUGAUUAUAGAUCCUUAUAGGAUAGUGUUUGAAGAAGCCCAGAUGGGUAAGGUGAUCAGGGACAGAACUUUUCCAAACAAGAGGAAAAGAAUGUUGUUCUACCGUAACAAAAACAACAACAGCAACAAAAAAAAAAAGGUGCAUGUGAAUAGACAUGCCACAAAAUAUGUAUGUAAGGGCACGUGUCCUGUCUUUUCCUGCUGGCAAAGGGGGUAUUUACCAUUUGGAUGACAGAUUGUCUUUACUCAGCAAUUAGAAGGCCUUUGGAUGAGGGGUCCAACAGACACCUAGAGCUACCUGGAUCAUAGCAACCCUGAGGAUUCAUUGUCCAAUUUACACCACAUGGAACAAGCAAUCCCCAAAGUGGUUGUUCCCUCAAAGAGUUGGUUGCAAAAAAUAAUAGCAGUGCACGAAACCUGAGCUUCUGCUUUUAAUAUGCAGCCUGGGGUAAGGUUUUUGGAUCACAGAUGGUAAGAUCUAAGCACAAGAUUCCUAUUUUGAGAAAGAACUACCUGUCAUCCUGUGCACUGCACUGCAUUAAUAGAGCAUUGCCAGCAGGUUGAGAGCAAUGAGCCUUCACUUCUGCUCAGCACUACACUUAGGCCACAACAACCCCAGGCAACACUACAAGCCUGGGAAAAGUGGCUGGAAAGCUGCCCAGAGGAAAAAGGACACAGAGGUGUUGGUUGACAGCAGCUGAAUAUGAGACAGCAGUGUGCCCAGGUGGCCAAGAAGUCCAAGCCAGCAUCGUGGCUUUUAUCAGAAAUAGUGGGGCCAGAAGGACAUGACUAGAGAAGGGAUCCUCCCCCUGUACUCAGUACUGGUGGCCACACCUUGAAUAAUGUGUUCAGGGCUUUUUGAAAUUUUUUUUGGCAGUGUUAGCUUUAUGGUUGGACUAAAAGAUCUGAAAGGUCUUAUCCAACCUAAAAGAUUCUGUGAUUCACCAGCUCGGAAUAAGCCACUGCCAUUCCAGGGUGAGACAGGCUAUUUGCAAUUAUAGCAAUGAUUUGUCUGAUUGCCCUAAAUUUCCCUAAACUGCAGCUGCAAUGACACUAUAGAUUACAGAUGAAGAUGCCUUUGAAGUGAACUAUUUGGAAAAGACAGGUAACUGCAUUUUGACAUAUCUGCUUUUUUCGUGGUUCUUGCAACAGCUCAGUCUGUAACUCCUACUCCCACACAUGCUUGUAGUAUGGAGGUGGUGUAAGGGUAAGAACUUCACCUGUAGGGCUCUAAGAAAGCAUCAUCAGUCUUUUUCUAGCCUACUAAGGUACCUUGCUGUAUGUCAUGUGAAAAGA